GAGGUAGAAACCGGGCCGAGAGAUUAAGAGCUUAACUAUCCCGGCAAAGACUUCGUUAAGCCCCCACUCGGAAGGUCGCGCCUCAGCUGCCUCCGCUAGCCGGAGAGGUGUCCGGGCGCUAGCUGACACUGACAGGCAGCCCUGCACCACCACCACCACCACCCCGCUAGCUUCUUUUUAGCCAGCAACCGCUCUCCUUCGCCUCCCCCCGGCUGCUGCCGACAUGCAGGAAUGGGCGAACCAGCUCUGCGAGAAUCGACAAUUUGGAUCCAAGAUGACGGACUCCAAGUACUUCACCACCACCAAGAAAGGGGAGAUCUUUGAGCUCAAGGCAGAGCUGAACAGUGAUAAGAAAGAGAAGAAGAAGGAGGCUGUAAAGAAGGUCAUUGCAUCCAUGACAGUUGGCAAGGAUGUCAGCGCUCUGUUCCCAGAUGUUGUGAACUGCAUGCAGACGGACAACCUGGAACUGAAAAAGCUGGUCUACCUCUACUUGAUGAACUAUGCCAAGAGUCAGCCAGACAUGGCGAUCAUGGCUGUUAACACCUUUGUGAAGGACUGUGAAGACCCCAACCCUCUCAUCCGGGCCCUUGCUGUUCGCACAAUGGGCUGCAUCCGUGUGGACAAGAUCACCGAGUACCUCUGUGAGCCACUGAGGAAAUGUCUGAAGGACGAAGACCCGUAUGUGAGGAAGACGGCUGCUGUGUGUGCGGCAAAGCUCCAUGAUAUCAACGCCCAACUGGUGGAGGAUCAAGGCUUCCUGGACACUCUUAAAGACCUCAUCUCUGACUCCAACCCCAUGGUUGUCGCGAAUGCAGUGGCAGCGCUGUCGGAGAUAGCAGAGUCCCAUCCCAACAGUAAUUUACUGGACCUGAACCCCCAGACCAUCAACAAGUUGCUGACAGCUUUAAAUGAGUGUACCGAGUGGGGACAGAUAUUCAUUCUUGACUGCCUGGCCAAUUACACACCUCGUGAUGAUCGCGAGUCCCAAAGCAUCUGUGAGCGUGUGACCCCACGGCUCUCCCAUGCAAACUCUGCAGUGGUUUUGUCAGCAGUUAAAGUUUUAAUGAAGUUCAUGGAGAUGCUGCCCAAAGACCUGGACUACUAUGGCACCCUGCUGAAGAAGCUCGCCCCGCCACUGGUGACUCUCCUCUCCGCUGAGCCAGAGUUGCAAUAUGUGGCACUAAGAAACAUAAAUCUCAUCGUACAGAGACGUCCAGAGAUCCUGAAACACGAGAUGAAGGUUUUCUUUGUAAAGUACAAUGACCCAAUCUAUGUUAAACUGGAGAAGCUGGACAUCAUGAUUCGCCUCGCAUCUCAAGCCAACAUCGCCCAGGUUCUGGCUGAGCUGAAAGAGUAUGCCACUGAGGUGGAUGUGGACUUUGUCCGGAAAGCGGUCAGAGCCAUUGGUCGCUGUGCCAUCAAAGUCGAGCAAUCAGCGGAGCGUUGUGUGAGCACCCUGUUAGACCUCAUCCAGACCAAGGUCAACUAUGUUGUGCAGGAGGCUAUUGUGGUCAUCAAGGACAUCUUCCGCAAGUACCCCAACAAGUAUGAAAGUGUGAUUGCCACUCUAUGUGAAAACCUGGACUCCCUGGAUGAGCCGGAGGCUCGUGCCGCAAUGAUCUGGAUUGUGGGAGAGUACGCCGAGCGCAUUGACAACGCUGAUGAGCUUCUUGAGAGCUUUCUAGAGGGGUUCCACGAUGAAAGCACUCAGGUGCAGUUGCAGCUACUGACCGCAAUCGUCAAGUUGUUCUUGAAAAAGCCUACUGAGACCCAGGAGCUGGUCCAGCAGGUGCUAAGCCUGGCCACACAGGAUUCUGAUAACCCAGACCUCAGGGACCGCGGCUACAUCUACUGGCGUCUGCUCUCCACAGAUCCUGUGGCUGCCAAGGAGGUGGUUCUGGCUGAGAAGCCCCUGAUCUCUGAGGAGACGGAUCUGAUUGAGCCCACACUGCUGGAGGAGCUCAUCUGCCACAUUGGUACUCUGGCCUCUGUCUACCACAAGCCACCGAGUGCCUUUGUUGAGGGCAGCCGUGGUGUUCAGCACAAGAGACUCCCUGGCAGUGCUGGAUCUGGGGAGAGUGAGAGCCAAGACACAGGUUCUGCUGCUGGAGUUACUGAGGCACCCCCUGCUGUCAUCCCAUCCCAGGGAGACCUCCUGGGAGAUCUGCUUAAUCUGGACCUGACACCUCCGACCACCACAGGACCACCACCGCCCUCAUCUGGCAUGCAGAUGGGUGCUAUGGACCUUCUUGGAGGAGGACUAGACAGCCUGAUGGGGGAUGAGUCUGAGCCGCUCGGCGGGGACCUCGGAGGAAGUCCUGCUAUGGGGGCUGGCUUCAGUGCUCCUACAGCUGCAAUGCCAGCCUCUUUCAAUGCCCCUGUUAGCGGUGGUCUGGAUGACCUGUUUGACCUUGGUGGAGGAGUUGGUUUGCCUAUGGGGGCCUACACCCCCCCAAAAACAAUUUGGCUUCCGGCCAUGAAGGCCAAGGGUCUGGAGAUAUCGGGCACCUUUGUCCGCCGUGCUGGGGUCAUCCAAAUGGAGAUGACCCUGACAAAUAAAGCUAUGAGUGUCAUGACUGAUUUUGCCAUCCAGUUUAACAGAAACAGCUUCGGUCUCGCUCCUGCUGGUCCACUCCAGGUUCUCACUCCUCUUAGCCCAAACCAGAGUAUUGAAGUGGCCCUUCCCCUCAGCACUGUGGGCCCCGUCAUGAAGAUGGAGCCUCUGAAUAACCUGCAGGUGGCUGUUAAGAACAACAUUGACGUAUUCUACUUCAGCUGCCAGUACCCCAUCAGCAUGUUGUUUGUCGAGGACGGGAAGAUGGAGCGACAGGUGUUCCUCGCCACAUGGAAAGACAUUCCUAAUGACAACGAGUCCCAGUUUCAGAUCAAAGACUGCCAUCUCAACUCAGACGCAGCAUCUAACAAACUGCAAGGCAGUAACAUCUUCACCAUAGCCAAGCGUACAGUGGAGGGCCAGGACAUGCUGUACCAGUCCAUGAAACUCACUAAUAGCAUCUGGGUGCUGGCUGAGCUGAGGGUGCAGGCGGGAAACCCAAACUACACGGUUUGUCUGAAGUGCCGAGCUGCGGAGGUUUCCCAGGGUGUGUUCCAGUGCUACGAGGCGGUGCUGAAGAACUGAAACCCCCGUGCCCACGUCCCCCUGUCCCCCCAGCCGCUGCCCCUCGCAGACGCCUGUCACCUCCUCUUGCUCGCCCUCACCUGACCUACAGACCAUGUUACACCUCCCUGAGUGCAGGAUCCACUUCCUGACUCGUCGGGCCUGGAGACUGCGCUCCGUGUGUCAUCUAGCUGAUUAUUUAGGACGGUUACCGUCUCAUUCUGAUCUUGUUUUUUUCUUUCCUUCCUAAGACUACAGAGAUGUUUGGUUCUUUUUCUUGGCUCAUCUCUGUGUUGAUGAAUUGUCUGACUGAACACUUUGAGACAGUGCAGCUCCUCCUCUUCUUCUCAUCCUUUGACGACCUUCAUUGAGCGACAAUGUGACUUGUGUCCCUGUGACGGUUUUCUCUGCAUGAGGGUCUUUAAUCAUUAUCUAGCCCCUCUUCUUUGCAAAUUGAAGUUUAUUUUUAGCUUCUGCAAUCAGCAGGUGAAUCAUCACAAUGGGUAUAUAUUUAUUUGGGGGUAUUUUCAAUUAAAAUGCGGCAUAAAAAGGCUUUAACUCUUUAACUCUUUGGCUGUGUGAAGUGGAAGGUGGCUGUCUGGGCCUUUAGGAGAGAUACACAAACAACACUAUCGUUGUCUUUGUCAAUUUAUAGUUUUCUUAAUAUCUGUGUUUAUCAGUGGGGUGGGACCUUUCACUGUCCCCUGAAAGCAGGACGACUGAUGUGCCGUGUGCAUGGAAACUGUUGAUGUGAGGUUCUUUCUUUCAUUUUUACAUCAACAUCUGGACUUUUAUAGAGCAGCAGCAGUCGUCCGCCCACUGUUCUCUUACUUAGUCAUUCCAUUGUUUAAUUUGUGUUUUUGUUGUGUUCAGUCUUGUUAGUGUGGCCGACUGAGGUAAAGCCUCGGAUGUUAAGGAUUUUAUAUCUGCUGCUGCUUCUUCCUCCGCCGGUGACGGCCACUCGGGCUCCGUCUGCAAACUGCUGCCUCUUUGUUCCCAUCGCAGCUUUUCAAGCGCCGUGGCCGCGCCUGAGAUGAAGGCUCAGGUGAGGUGACUUCAAACUUUCCACAGUCAUGUGUUUGCAACACCUCUGUGAGUAACAAGUAUACAUGUAGGUAGCUCACACUGUCUCAGCUGCAAUGAGGCUAGAGCAACAUCCAGUGACCCUGCUGUACCUAGAGACUCUGGAGAUUAAUUGUAUUCCUUUUCGAGUCAUUACACUCGGGCCCUUUUUAUCGACUCAACAGGAUGUAGGCGCACACCUUUCACAGAUAACAACAGAGGUGGCUGUGUGUUUUAGUGUGUCUUUGUGUGUGGUGGCGGCUGAAUCAUAUGAAAUGCUGAUUAAAAAUAAGAAGUUAAUCAUGUUUUUGAUUGAUAUGAUUUUGUUCAUUGUGUGUUCAUCAUUUGAAAACCAACUAUUAAAAGUCUUGACAGUUAAAA